UAGAUACUUCCAGACGAUUUGAACAGAUAUUGGGGGUUUCUUGGCGCUUGAUUUUUCGAUCGGUUGUUGCACGUUGGCGUUCUCUUUUCCGACUUCGUCGACGGCUGUGACUCGUCCCGUGAGUGGACUCCAGAGAUCUCUUUGGUUGUUGGCCAAAUGUUGUUCCUUGCUUUAGUUCCAAUAUAACUGUUAUCUUUUAGUGAUGGAAACUAUUUUCUUCCCUGGUGUUCAGUAUGGGAGCUUUCAUUCUUAGCGCUGGCACCAAAGGAAAAAGGUUUACCCUACCAAUGUCGAGGAUAAUGAUCCAUCAGCCUAUGGGUGGACUUGAAGGUGGUGAUAUAAAGAUAUGGAGAUCCAGCUGUGUUUUGGUUACUCAUCAAGUUUUCUGGGAUGGAGUAUCCGACUCGAGCUCCUAUUUUGUUUCGCUUCGGAAGGAACUAAUUUCCGCUCCUAUUUUGGGCAGAACACCAACAAUAAUGAUUGGUUAGAUUGAUUACCCAUUUUCAUGCUUAUUUUUGGAAAAGCAUAAAAAACCUAAGAAGGUUGGGGCUUGAACAGAAAAGCUUGUGUAAGUCUCUUAUUUUCGCUAUCAAAUGAAUUUUCAUUGUACACCUAAAUUUGGUUACUAAUCCUUGAAGUCGUUGAAUAUUAUCAACUUGGUUUUAUCUCUGUAACAUGUUGAUAACACAAUCUAAUGCCAACUCGCGCUAAACUAAGAACGAUCACAGUGAGAUCAUACCCAUCUCUGGCAUGUGUGAGUAUUAGUGUACCUAUGCAUGCAUUUGUGGCUUAGUUUGCUGUCUCUGAAGCUUUAUUAGACAAAUUAGGCAUCUGCAUUUAUGGUUUCUUUUUUAGAUUUUAGAGAUUCAUAUACUAUUAGUUUGAAGCUUGUUCUUUACAAACGGUUGGUAUGUGCUGUAUUUUUCCUGCAGUGCACUCACCAUUAAGCAAUAAGAUAGACUUUUUGUUGGAUCUCAGGUUGUGCCCAUGUUUAGAAGAGUUAUAAUAACUUGAGCUUGGUAAUGAUGGAGUUAAGAGAGGACAGAAUUGGUAACUUCGAGAACACUUAAAGGGCGAAUUGUUUUGAACACAAUUGCUGAUUUGGUUGUGUUCGCUGGAUACAUGUGUAGAUCAGAAAUCUUUAAUGACAAGGUCUGAGCUAAUAGAAUUUGUUAAUGUGUUUUGUUGCUUGAAUACUGGACACUCAUAAAUUAGUUACAUAUUUUGUUCCUUAGUUACUAAUUUAAGCUAAUGCAGGAAUUUGUUCAAAAACUAUCUCUGCUUCAUAAUAAUUUAAACUUGGAUGAGAUUUCACUCA